GACAGGGGGUGGGUGAGCGAUGAGGGAGAGCCCGGUGCCGGGGUCCGGGGAGGGGGAGAAGGAGCAGGAGCGGCUGAAGGGCGAGGAUGGGCAGCAGCAGCCGGCGUUGCCGCUGGCCGGGCAGGGGGUGGAGGCCGGGGCCGGGGCCGGGGCGCUGCCCCCUGAGGGAGGCUGGGGCUGGGUGGUCAUGCUCGCCUCCAUGUGGUGUAACGGCUCGGUGUUCGGCAUCCAGAACGCCUUCGGGCUCAUCUACCUCUCGCUGCUGCGGGACUUCGGCGACGAGAAGGACGAACACCGCCAGUUCAAGACGGCAUGGGUGGGCUCGGUGUCGAUGGGAAUGAUCUUCCUGUGCUCCCCCAUUGUCAGCGUGUUCACCGACCUGUACGGAUGCAGGAAGACGGCCGUGGCUGGGGCAGCGGUCGCGUUGGUCGGCAUCCUGGCCAGCUCCUUCGUCACGUCGCUGGGGCCCAUGUACUUCACCUACGGCGUGGUGUUUGGCUGCGGCUCGUCCUUUGCCUACCAGCCCUCGCUGGUCAUCCUGGGCCACUACUUCAAGCAGCGGCUGGGGCUGGUGAACGGGAUCGUGACGGCGGGCAGCAGCGUGUUCACCAUCGUGCUCCCCCUGCUGCUCAAGCAGCUGCUGCCCAAGAUCGGCCUGAGCCACACGCUGAGGGUGCUGUCCAUCUUCAUAUUCGUGCUGCUGCUGGCCAGCUUCACCUACCGGCCCGUGGCCACGCCCAGCGGGGGCGGGAACACCAACUCCGCCAAGCAAAAGCUCAACUUCAGGAAGAUCUUCAACGUGAAGAUAUGGAGGUUCCUCGGCUACCGCAUCUGGGCCUUCGGCAUUCCCACCGCUCUCUUCGGAUACUUUGUGCCUUACGUUCACCUUAUGAAGCAUGUUGAAGAAACGUUCUCGUCAAAAAACGAGGAGGUUCUGCUGAUGUGCAUCGGGAUCUCCUCGGGGGUCGGAAGACUGGUCUUUGGCAGAGUGGCCGACUACUUGCCUGGCUCCUACAAGGUGUUCCUUCAGGUGGCCUCGUUCUUUGUGAUCGGCCUGAUGUCGAUGAUGAUCCCGGUCUGCCAGGGUUUUGCGGGUCUCGUCGUGGUUUGCCUGUUGAUGGGUUUGUUUGACGGCUGCUUCAUCUCCAUCAUGGCCCCCAUUGCGUUCGAGCUGGUGGGCGCGGAGAACGUCUCCCAGGCAAUCGGCUUCCUCCUCGGCCUGAUGUCCAUACCAAUGACCUCCGGACCGCCCAUCGCAGGUUUUCUGCGCGACACGCUGGGCAACUACAACCUGGCCUUCUACCUGGCGGGCGUGCCGCCGAUGAUCGGCGGGGCCAUCCUCUGCACCAUCCCCUGGAUCCAGUACCGCAAGGCCAGGGCGCAGCGGUGGCUGGAGGAGGAGGAGGAGCAGAAACAGAUGUCGGGGGAGAGCGCCACCAAGAUGCUGGAGCAGAACCCAACCAAGGUCCUCGGCCCCACCGACGGCCGGCCACAGGGUGAAGACGCCACCACCAUCUGAAAAAAACAAACCCUCGUGGGCUCACAACCUAAGCUUCUGUCGUCACA